GGUGGAAUGGAAACUGUUAUACGCUUCGAGAUCACUCGCGAGGUUGCAUGACGUGAAGAAGGUUGUCUGCCGAUUCUAGUGUCUCUUCCAGUGCGAACACCCUCGACUCUCAGGGUCCGUGCUUCGAAUUCUCGCCUGCCACAAGACUGCGCCACAAUGAGGAGGCGACAUUUAGUUAGCGUUUUUCUUCUUCUCUCUGCCACCUGCACAGCUUCCUUUGCGGAAGAUCAAAAGUGCCGUUUCCCCGGAGCACCGGCCCACUCUACCGUCUCCUUUUCGGACGAGGCGUUGUCCACGGGCUCUGUGGCCACCUACAGCUGCGAAAGGGGCUUCGAACUUCUCGGCCCGACCAGACGGAUAUGCGGCGAUGACGGACAGUGGGCGCCUGAAGGGAUUCCUUUUUGCGUGUUGAACGUCGCAGCUGGCAAAGCUCCGAUGCAAAUCAGCACCGACCAGGGUGGAAUCCCCCAGAAGGCCAUCGACGGCAGCACCAGCUCUUUCUACAAUGCGGACACGUGCUCCCUGACGGCGCCUGAAAGGUCGCCUUGGUGGUACGUCAACCUGCUGGAGCCGUACAUGGUGCAGCUGGUGCGUCUCGACUUUGGAAAGUCCUGCUGUGGCGACAACCAGCCUGCCAGCAUCGUGGUGCGCGUCGGCAACAACCGACCCGACCUGGGCACCAAUCCAAUCUGCAACCGCUUCAACGGCUUCCUUGAAGAGGGCAAGCCCCUCUUUUUGCCCUGCAAUCCACCCAUGCCAGGUGCCUUCGUCAGCGUCCACCUAGAAUCGACCAAUCCCGCCUCCCUUUCCAUUUGCGAAGCCUUCGUCUACACUGACCAGGCGCUGCCCAUCGAGAGGUGCCCUCAAUUCCGCGACCAGCCUCCCGGCAGCACCGCUACCUACAACGGCAAGUGCUACAUCUUCUACAACCGCCAGCCGCAGACUUUCCGCGAGGCGUCGGCCUUGUGCAAGAGCCGCGGCGGCACCCUCGUCGACGAGAGCAACCCUGCCCUUCAGGGAUUCAUCAGCUGGGAGCUGUGGCGUCGUCACAGGAGCGACACCAACGGCCAAUACUGGAUGGGCGCAGUGCGCGAUCCUCAGGACAGGAACAACUGGAAGUGGAUUGGCGGCGACGACGUGUCCGUCUCCUUCUGGAACACGCCCGGAGGUAACGAGGACUGCGCCAGGUACGAUGGCUCCAAAGGAUGGCUCUGGUCCGACACCAACUGCAACGCUAAGCUCAACUACAUUUGCCAGCACCAACCUAAGGCUUGCGGCAGGCCAGAACAGCCUCCAAACUCAACUAUGGCCUCCCCUGACUUCAAUGUCGGCUCUAUUGUCGAGUACACUUGCGACGACGGCCACCUUUUGGUUGGACCUCCCUCACGAACUUGCCUGCCCACCGGCUUCUACAAUGAAUUCCCUCCCGUGUGCAAACGUAUCCACUGCGGUCUGCCUGCUGAAAUCUCAAACGGAAGGUACCACCUUCUCAACGACAGUGUUGGCUACCUGAGCCAAGUCGUCUACUCCUGCACGCCAGGAUACAGACUCGCUGGCAAAGCCGACCUCUUGUGCGACGUUGACGAGAGGUGGAACGGACCCCCACCCCGCUGCGAAGUUGAUGCCUCUGCUGUCAACGUUCCCGCUGGAACCGGAAACAAGAACGUGUUCGUGCCACCUAGCCCUGGCGCUGGCUUCAGCCGCCCUCCGCUGCUGCCAACUAUCAGACCGCCUACCACUCCAGUUAGAAGACCUCCACCCACAGUCGGCUCCACUGACAACAUUCAAGAAGUCGAGCCUUACCCGAGCGAAAACGAAAUUCUCGACGUCAAUAUUAGACACAACGAAAACGGCCCCAACGCUAAUGUGCCAAGUUCCGUCGAGGAGGAGAGAAUCCGGGAUGGUAGCCCUCGUCUCAACCUUGGAGCCAUCAUUGCUCUCGGAGUGUUCGGAGGUUUCGUCUUCCUGGCUGCUAUAAUCACCACGAUUGUGAUUCUCGUCAAGAGCAGAAAUCGCACGACAAAGCACUUCCGCCACAGAGCGUCCCCCGACAGCCACACGGUCGCCUCCUACGACUCGUCCGGUUCGGAGAGCCGCGGCGGACUCAACCGCUACUACAAACAGGCCUGGGACAAUCUGCAGGAGGGCGGCGCCGGCCACGGCAAGACCAAGAGGAAAGACGACGAAUUCGGCCGCAACCGCGACUCGGCCGAGAUCAUCGUGGACAACAAGAGGAGGCACCACCACCACCACAACCACCACCCCGACGGUGGCGACUGGAGGAGCGGAAGGGCCAACGUUAAGCCCAAGAGUAGAUAUUAGGCUAUCUUCCAAACCAGACGCAAAUUGUUCGAUUUUUUGAGACGAAAUUUGCCACUUUGCAUCUGAUAUUGUUAUUUCAGGGGUCAAAAUUCAUCAAUGUUGUGUGUUUAAUUUAUUUCUGCAUUGGCAACACGCCGUGUCUUUGGGGGUUUUAUUUAAAUCGAAAACGUUAACGGAAAAAUCUCUUUUAUAUAGCGACGAGUUCCUUGACCAUGCUAUUUUUGUACAAUUAUGGUACGGUUAAUGCGACUCAUCUCUGCACGCAAGUCAUUUUGCUAGCAAGAAAUGACGUAAAUGAUCACUCUCAUUAUUUUGUAUUUGUUUUGCGCGGCAAAAGAUAUUUUUCUACACAAAUUAUAUCGGAGCGACGUUUUUAUUAAGGCCUAUUUUAUCAAACGAGUGCUAAAGAAGAGUUGAAUGUACAUGUGAAACGUGUGUUAUUAGUUUAAAAAAACUGAUCCAAACAGUGUAAUGUAAGAAGUGUCUUUUAACAGGAUUAUAGGACAAACGCAGCAUUAUACCCGCAGGUGGAACAACUAUACAAUACUUAAUUCUUGUCUACUAAUUGUACAUGUAUUUUAAAUGAAUGCUAAAUAUAAGGUUGUAUAAGAUGUA